CGGUCGGGUGAAGUGGGAAAUUCAGUCUAGCGAUCCGGAGGAGACUCGCAGCCGAGAGAGAGUUCCGGUUGAUGUCGCUCCUUCUGAGCCGCACGCUGACGCAGACAUUGGUGCAAACAAUCCGUGUCCGCUCGCCAGUCCUUCAGUGUACUCCAAUAAAAGUCCAACUCUUUACAGAUAAGACGGUGAGAGCUGCCGGUCACUGUUUAGCAGCCAUGGCCAAAAGGAGGCCCUUCGAGCGGCUACCGACUGACGUUUUCCCCGUCAACUACGGGCUGUGUCUCAAACCCGACCUGAUCAACUUCACGUUCAUGGGCAAACUGGAGGCUAUGGUGGAGGUGACACAAUCCACAAAUCAGAUUGUGAUGAACUGUGCCGACAUCGACAUCAUCACAGCCUCUUUUGUGCCUAACGGAGGAGACGAAAUUGAUGCCACAGGGUUCAACUAUCAAAAUGAGGACGAGAAAGUGACCUUGUCGUUUCCGAGCGCACUAAAAAAAGGCUCUGGUGUGUUGAAGAUCAAAUUUGCAGGAGAACUGAAUGACAAAAUGAAAGGAUUCUAUCGAAGUAAAUACAUGACUGCCACCGGAGAGACUCGCUAUGCUGCUGUCACACAAUUUGAGGCCACGGACGCUCGCCGCGCUUUCCCCUGUUGGGACGAGCCCGCUAUCAAAGCCACCUUUGACAUCACUCUCAUCGUCCCCAAGGACCGCAUCGCCUUGUCAAACAUGAAUGUCGUUGAGCGACAGCCAUAUCCAAGCGAAGAAGACCUGGUGGAAAUCAAAUUUGGCACCUCACCCAUCAUGUCCACUUACCUCGUAGCGUUUGUCAUUGGCGAGUUCGACUUUGUAGAGAGUCAGUCAUCGGACGGCGUGCUGGUGCGCGUGUACACGCCGGUGGGCAAGGCGGAGCAAGGACGGUUUGCACUGGAGGUUGCCACAAAGACUUUACCAUUCUACAAAGACUACUUCAAUGUUCCUUAUCCUUUGCCUAAGAUUGAUCUCAUUGCAAUUGCUGAUUUUGCUGCUGGUGCCAUGGAAAACUGGGGCCUUGUUACUUACAGGGAGACUGCGCUGCUGAUUGACCCAAAGAACUCCUGCGCGUCCUCCAGGCAGUGGGUGGCGUUGGUAGUGGGUCACGAACUCGCCCACCAGUGGUUUGGAAACUUAGUCACCAUGGAAUGGUGGACACAUUUGUGGCUUAACGAGGGCUUUGCAUCCUGGAUCGAGUAUUUGUGCGUGGACCACUGCUUCCCAGAGUAUGACAUCUGGACUCAGUUUGUGUCGGCAGACUACACGCGUGCUCUGGACCUGGACGCACUGGACAGUAGCCAUCCUAUCGAGGUGAACGUUGGCCAUCCGUCCGAGGUGGAUGAAAUCUUUGACGCCAUCUCUUACAGCAAAGGAGCGUCCGUGAUCCGUAUGCUGCACAACUACAUAGGAGACGAGGACUUCAGGAAAGGAAUGAAUGCCUAUUUGUUAAAGUUCCAGCACAAAAAUGCAUCGACGGAGGACUUGUGGGAUUGUCUGGAGCAGGCCAGCGGGAAACCUAUCGCCACGGUGAUGGGCUCGUGGACCAAGCAAAUGGGCUUCCCCAUUAUUGUUGUUGAACAGGAGCAGCAGUAUGGUGACAACCGCAUUCUCAAGAUAUCCCAGAAGAAGUUCUGUGCCAGUGGACCUCAUAAUGGUGGGGAUUGCCCCUGCUGGAUGGUACCCAUCAGUAUUUGUACCAGCAAGGAACCCCAGUGCUCUAAACUCCAGGUUCUACUGGACAAACCCGAGACCACCGUCACCCUGAAAGGCGUCACCCCAGACGAGUGGAUCAAGGUUAAUCCCGGCACAGUGGGUUUUUACCGCAUCCAGUACAGCUCGGCCAUGCUGCAAAGUCUGCUGCCUGGCAUCCGAGACCUCAGCCUGCAGCCGGUGGACCGGCUUAGCCUUCAGAAUGACCUCUUCUCGCUGUCUCGUGCAGGAAUGAUUAGCACUGUGGAGGUGCUGAAGCUGAUGGAGGCGUUUGUCAACGAGCCUAAUUACACCGUGUGGAGUGACCUCAGCUGUAACCUGGGCAUCCUGUCCUCGCUGCUCUCUCACACCGACUUCCACGAGGAAAUCCAGGAGUUCAUCCGCGACCUCUUCACCCCCAUCGGCCUUCGUCUGGGCUGGGACAGCAAACAUGGAGAAGGGCACCUGGAUGCUUUGCUGAGAGGUCUUGUUCUGGGGAAGCUGGGCAAGGCGGGACACAAGCCCACACUGGAAGAGGCCCGGCGGAGAUUCAAGGAACAUGUGGAGGGAAAACAUAUCCUACCUGCAGACCUUAGGAGCCCAGUUUAUUUGACAGUGCUGAAGCACGGAGACAGCACCACGUUAGAGACCAUGCUGAGGCUUCACAAGCAAGCAGACAUGCAGGAGGAGAAGAAUCGUAUAGAGCGAGUACUUGGUGCCAUCGCUGCUCCCGACCUCAUUCAGAGAGUCCUCACUUUUGCCCUCUCGGAAGAGGUUCGUCCUCAGGAUACAGUUUCGGUCAUCGGGGGAGUGGCAGGAAGCAGUAAACAAGGUCGCAAAGCUGCGUGGAAGUUUGUAAAAGAUAACUGGGAGGAGCUUUACAACCACUACCAGGGUGGUUUCCUCCUAUCGCGUCUCAUCAAGCUCACAGUGGAUGGAUUCGCCAUCGACAAAAUGGCCGCAGAAGUAAAGAGUUUCUUUGAGAGUCACCCGACACCAGCGGUAGAGCGCACCGUGCUGCAGUGUUGCGAGAACAUCCUCCUCAACUCGGCCUGGCUCAAGCGUGACGCUGACGAGAUCCACCACUAUCUAAUGCAGCGCAAGGCUCCCCCUGUCUGAGACCUGCCCCCACCCACCCUUCCUUCCUUCAGCGCGGAUCUCCCUGCAUCGCAGUCGCCUCAGCCCCUUCUCAAGCCGAGCGCUGGACCGUGCAGGGUGGGAGAGCAGAGCGUAUUUACUGCAGGCUUCAUUUGUUUCCACCACAAAUCCAAGACUCCUUUCCACAGCAUCAAAUCCAUUCCCAUCUGGACCGGGAUGCUUGUUUUUAGUCCCAUUCUCCCCCUCCCCUCGGCCAACACAUCCUACCCUCACUACCAAGACUUGAUUGCUUAACAUGCCAACGACAACUGUGAGACUCCUCCCUCUUUUUAUUCUGCAUGCAUGAAUCAGCAUUAUUGGCCAAGUAUGUUGUUGUUCAUGCUCUCUAGCAAUACACAAGAUUUCUACACCAUCCACAUCAUCAUCAUCAUAAUGGACAUGAUCAAGACAGGAAGUGCAGUCAAUCACUAAUGAUAUUAAAAUAAUUCAUAGAAACAGAAGGUGACAUGUUGAUUUUCAUUUUACACUUCCUGCUGCUUGAGGAGUGAAGGUGUGUGUGUGUGUGUGUGUGCGUGCGUGCGUGCGUGCGUGUGCAUGAUGGAGACAGUUUUUUUGUUUUGUUUUCGCCAAUGCCCUCAGUUUCACCUGAUGGUCUGGUGGUGGACAGGUCCUUGUGCACUGCUUGGCACUUUUUUAGCUUCUCGUGUUUGCCCCGCCCCUCCACUGUGGGAGUGUUGUGAUUGGCUGCAAGCUGACAGCAGCAGAGGGGUUAACUAUGCAGUCAGGACAAGGUGAACAGCUAUCAUGGUACUGCCUUCCAAACCACGUCAUGGAAAUGCUUGUUUUUCAGCUGCCCAUGUCAAUCAAAGACUGAAAAAGUUCAUUGGUUAAACAAGCUCCCCCCCCCUUUUUUUUAACCCCUCACGCUCAUGAUCAUGUGUCAAGUCUGUGUGCUUUAGAAGACAUCCACUGCAAUUCUCUGACUGGAAGGGAAGCAAAGUGAGCAAGGUGACAUUUUCCAUUGGAAAGAGUACUGUAACACCCCUUCACACACACACACACACACACACAUGCACGCACCACCUACCAUUGAUCCCAGAAUUUGUGUACAUCAGACUUUACUCCACUGUGGAACUUCUGGAAGCCUUAAAUUGGUCGACUGCUCUGCAGUAACAAAAAGCUGAAGUAACGACGACUUCCAUAACAUGUAUCUAAUGUGUCACGAUAUGCAACAUUGUUGAGCGAGUAAUGAUAUAGAAUUUGCAAUUUGAUGUGCUUUUUGACAACAUACAUGGUCGUCUAGCCUGUUGUCCAGACCCGCAGCACGACCCAGGAAUAUUUGUUGUAUUCUGCUUUUAUUUUAUUUCGUUAAAGUGCAGUUGGUGUUCAUUAAAGUGAAAGGAUUGUAAACGUGAA